GUUUAACUGGUCAUGGUCAGUACGCGUCAGAACUACAACAUAGUCCUCCGAGUACCAGCCCCCAGACAUUACCGGUUCUAGUACCGAACUUCAGUUUGCAAUAUCUCUGACCUCGUCUCACUGACGGGUACAAAUAGCUUACCCCGCUCCACAGCCCCAACUUUUUACCGCGCUUGAUAUCGCUCUUGGAUUUCGACCUCCAUGAGACGACGACGCGUCAUAGGGAAAGGGAAAGGAACGUUCAACCCCGAAGACGAGAAGAGAGUUAAACAUACGCAAAUCGGAGCAUGGGAUCUUUAUGAAGAAAAGCAGCCUGAACGUGUUCCAGGAUCUUCGCGACUCAAGCUAGAUUCACACAUCGAGCACUUUUUUGAGGUCUACAACUGUCUUCCCUAUGUCGGGCGAAUGAUGAAAGAUGUUGGUAGCAUUCGGGAAUGUUGGGUCUUUUUUGGAGUAUACUUGCUACUAGAGAUAGUGGCGAGUCUUAUUCCUGCCCUCUCAUUAUGGUACUCGAGUCAGCUUUUAACCAUUGUUGAAAGCGCUCUCAAAAACCGAACCGUUGACAAGGACCUCUUACUCCACAUUGCUAUCGGCCGUGUUUUAUGCACCACAAUGAAUAUCCUCUUUAGUUGGGGGAAAACAAAGGCCGGAAGAUAUCUGAACCUUCGCAUUAAACAAUACUAUUCUGGCUAUAUGUUCCAGACCAUGGCUCGUUUGGAUGUACCUACAUUCGAGGAUUCAGGUAUACAGCGACAGCUCGAACAAGUGUUCACUCCUGACUCUAGGAAUAGCAUUGUUUGGGAGGUUGUGACCGUAGCCGUCCGCCUAAUAACAACCGUUCUGCAACUCGCAUCCCAGCUGUCGGUUCUUGUUUCGGUUCUGAAGCACCAAAGAGAUGGGCCUCUUCUUGCAGUUCUCAGUUUCUCACAGACUUUAAUCACUUGGGGAACCCAAUCACCGUAUAUGCCACCAGUAUGGGCUGCAACUACAAAGAACGAAGACUACCUCAAGAUGGAGGGUCUAAAGAGGACUAUUGGUUCCUCGAGCCAUCGAAAAGAGAUAGUGGCGGGAGGGAUGUGGGAAUAUAUGCAUUCAGAAUUUCUUAGAUGUUCCAAGGCACUUGGGUCGAAGGCUUCUGCAUUCUUCCCUAUGUACAACCUUGUCAUGGUUGGAAAUCAAUUUCCGUUCUCUCAAUUACUCCGCGCACCUUUGAGGGAAUUGCCCCAGAUUGUCUUUACCUUGAGGGCAGUACAAUAUCCAAGCUCUAUACCUCUUUCUCUGGCGUCUUUGAAUCUGAUCACACAAACUACAUCUUCAUUCUCCAAUUUACUUGUCUCAUUUUUCGGUCAGACUACCUCCGUGGCUGAUUCGUUAUCCGGGAUACGAAGGUUGUAUACAGUGAUGGAACUUUCCAAUCGGGUACAGGACGGGACUGUUCCUUUCCCCGAGAAUCAACAAACUCUUCAAAGUGGUAUUUCGGUAGAAUUUCGUAACGUUUCGUUCCGAUAUCCAGAGAGCGCGAACUAUGCAUUGCACAAAAUCUCAUUCAAAAUCGAGCAGGGUCAGCUUUGUGUCAUUGUCGGAAAGAAUGGGUCAGGCAAGAGCACAAUACUCAAGUUGAUCGCUAGGCUGUAUGAUCCCGAAGAAGGCCAAAUUUUUAUCGAUGGCCACGACAUCAAAACGUUAAAACUGGCGGAUCUGAGGCGCGUAACAACGGUGUUAUUUCAAGACUAUACUCACUUCCCCCUCUCGAUCAAGGAUAACAUCGGGUACGGCAACCCGCAGCAUGCGAAGGAUCAAGAAAGAAUCGAACAAGCGGCUCGAUUGGGAGGUGCUGACGAAUUCAUUAACAAACUCCCUGAAAAUUACGAUACAUAUCUGGAACGACCUGUUCAGGAUAUGUACUCGAAUCUUCCCGAAGGCACGAAGACCGUGUUUGGGAGGAGCGUUGAUUUCCGUGGAUUAAGGAUGGCGGGCGGCAUGAGAUCUACCGACUCUAGCGGUCUUUCUGGGGGCCAGAUGCAACGUAUUGCUCUGUGUGUGCCCUCAUUUUUGCAUAACGUUGCCUAAUAUUGAUUUGCAGGUCUCGUACGUUUAUGCGUACACUGGAUGAUGAACAACAGGUGGGACUGUUACUCUUUGACGAACCAUCGGCUAGCUUGGACCCAACAGCUGAACACGACUUGUUCGAACGACUGAGACGGUUACGCGGACAGAAGACAAUGAUAUUUUCAACUCAUAGAUUCGGCAAUCUAACCCGCCAUGCCGACCUCAUAUUAUAUAUGGAUGACUCUGAAGUGGUGGAAGAGGGGACUCAUGAAUCACUCAUUAUGAAAAAUGGGAAGUAUGCUCGCCUCUGGAAUCUCCAAGCUCAAGCAUUUCUCCCAUAGCGGACGAUAGGAGGAUGCCCAGUUCCUCAUUCUGCUACAUACAUGCUUGACGCAAUUCACGUCUGCGUUUCUGUACUACAUUGCAAUGGAAUACUUAACCGUACCGGUACAUCAUGAUCAAGCGCUAAGGUAGAUGCCGAAAUGAUAAGAUUAGAUCAGUA